AUGGCAUCCUACCUCAUCACCGGCACCUCCCGGGGCAUCGGCCUCGCCAUGGCCCGCACCCUAGCCUCCAAGCCCGUCAGCGAAGUCUCCGUCGAACUGAAGCAGCUGGUCGCACAAUCUGCUGGUCGGGUCAAGUCCAUUCCAGUCGACGUGGAAGAUAAACCCAGUGUCCAAGCCGCAGCCGCGACCGUUGAGCAAGCUCUAGCUGGCCGAGGGCUGGACGUGCUGAUCAAUAACGUGGGGAUUAUGCCAUCUACGCCAAAUGGCAUUGAGACAAUGGACGACCUUGACUCCGUCUUUCACACCAACGUUACCAGCGCGCAUAUAGUAACCAGUGCAUUUCUACCGCUGUUGAAGAAGGGGACUCAGAAGAAGGUGAUUAACAUCUCCACCACUCUCGGCUCCAUCGCCAUGGCGCCUCGAUAUGCGCUCUUUCCUGUACCAGCCUACAAGAUCAGCAAGGCGGCUCUCAAUAUGCUCACGGUGCAGUAUGCCCACUCGUUCGCGGACCAGGGGUUCACGUUCCUGACUUUGUCGCCGGGUUGGGUAAAGACCGGCCUGGGUGGCGACAGAGCCGAUUUAACCACCGAGCAGAGCGUGCAGGGCCUACUGGACAUUAUUCUUCCCGCGACGCAGGCGGACAAUGGCAAGUUUAUCAAUAUUCGUGUGCCGGGGUGGGAGAAGGCGGAGGGGAUGAAUCAGUAUGAUGGGGCGGAGGCGCCGUGGUAGGUGGUAGUACUGUUCUGUGAAAGUGGUAUGGUUUGGAUAGGAGGAAGGAUGGUAUCGAAUGUUGCGACGGAGUUGCUGGUGCACAGU